CCUACACAUAUAAACGUUGCAUCUGCCUGCCUGGUUAUGUGUGCGGCUGUAAGCCUCGCACAUUAGUUAAAGUAACCUUAGGGUUAAAAAAAAAAAAAUUAAAGUAUUGUAUAAUAAUGACAGUGUCAAUAAAAAGGGUGUUAUGUGUUGCGGAAAGCGACAGCAACAUUUGGAUUAAAUAUAAAAAUUGUAACAUUAAGGUCUGGAUAAGGUUAAUUAAAGACUGAUUUGUAUAAUUAUUUUCUAAGUUAAAUGUAAAUAUAGGAUUGCGGUGUUGUUGUUGUUGUUGUUUAAAUCACAUGUACAUAAAAACCUUCCAUUUAAAUAUCACGUAAGCAGAUUCGUCAUCAGUUUGUCUCGGGUGUCUGCUCUCAUAAUGAAUGAUAAUGGUCACAAGGAUGUUGACACAAACAGUGUUGAAGACGAACCCCUUCUCAGAGAAAACCCGAAGCGAUUUGUCAUUUUUCCUAUUCAGUAUCCCGACAUCUGGAAAAUGUACAAACAAGCUCAGGCUUCAUUCUGGACAGUCGAGGAGGUGGAUUUAUCAAAGGACUUGGUUCACUGGGACAGCCUGAAGUCUGAAGAGAAACACUUCAUAUCCCAUGUACUGGCUUUCUUUGCAGCAAGUGAUGGGAUAGUCAACGAGAACCUGGUGCAGCGGUUCAGUCAAGAGGUGCAGAUCCCAGAGGCUCGAUCCUUCUACGGCUUUCAGAUCCUUAUAGAGAACGUACACUCUGAAAUGUACAGCAUGCUCAUCAACACCUACAUAAGGGAUCUGAAAGAGAGGGACUAUUUGUUUAAUGCAAUUCACACCAUGCCUUGUGUAAGGCGGAAAGCAGACUGGGCCUUACAGUGGAUCUCUGACACAAACUCAACUUUUGGAGAGCGAUUAGUAGCAUUUGCAGCAGUGGAAGGCAUCUUCUUCUCUGGAUCGUUUGCUGCCAUCUACUGGUUGAAGAAAAGAGGCCUGAUGCCCGGACUCACCUACUCCAAUGAACUCAUCAGCAGAGAUGAGGGUCUGCACUGUAAUUUCGCAUGUCUAAUGUACAGCUACUUGGUGAAGAAACCUUCUGCUGACCGAGUGAAAGACAUCAUCACAAAAGCUGUGAGCAUCGAACAGGAGUUUCUCACAGAAGCCUUACCCGUCAAUUUAAUCGGGAUGAACUGCUCUCUCAUGAAGCAAUACAUUGAGUUUGUGGCUGACCGGCUGCUAAGAGACUUAGGAUUGCUCAAAGUUUACAAGUCAGAAAACCCCUUCGACUUCAUGGAGUCAAUUUCAUUGGAGGGAAAAACUAAUUUCUUCGAGAAGCGAGUGGCUGAAUACCAGCGACUUGGAGUGAUGUCAAAUGUGAUGGACUGUGAAUUCACUCUUGAUGCAGAUUUCUAAUGAUGAACUACAAUUUAUAUUAUUUUUUUGGACAGUUUCAGUAAAAAAAAAAAAAUCAAAAAAACAAAAAACAAACAAGCCAUAUCAUCUUCAGACCAUGUCGAAAAGACAUGCAAAUCAAGUCGAUCAGCUUCUGAAAAACGUGGUAACAAAUUUGUCAAAGAGCUUCCCAAAGUGGACGUGUGGCUUUAGGGUAUUCAGACCAGACUUGGUGUGUGUUAUGACGACCAUUAUCUGAGGUUUCAUGCACAGCUUCAGCACACAGACACCAGUGGUCAGGAGAUAUGAAAAAUGGCUAUUUUUGUUUAUAACUUCUUACUGGUUUGGCCAAAAAUCACAAGACUCUGGUCUCUUUAAAAGUGGAGCAGCAUGCCAAGUCGAAUGAUUCCCAGUUUUCCCAUGUCGACCAAUGUGGGCAUUCGUUUUUACGAAUGCUAUUUUUUUACUAAUGCAUUGAUUGGUGUAUAGUUCUGAAACUUGGUAUGUGUCUUCGGCACAAACUCAAAAAGUUUAGUGCCAGUGCCACCUUGUGGUCAAAAAUUAUAAUGAAAUAAAAAAAUGCAAAUAACUUUUCA